GGGCGCGUUUCGAUCCGGCUUUUUCCUUGUUCGUCACGUGAGAAAAGGAUUCUUCGCAGUGGAAUUUGGUCGCGAAAUUCGGACGCUAAUUUUAUGUGAAUGGUUUAUGCAAAUCGCACACAUUUCGGUACGAUUCGGAACGAUAUUAAAGAGGACCGCAUUUAAAUCCGCUGAUAAACGUGUCUAGUGUCUAGUGAGUUUGUGAAAGAAUUGUGAAAAAUUACGUAAAUGAUUGUUAGUCGAUAGCUGCCAUAGUGCCAACAUCGAUAGCAAUUAAUAAAAGCCGGAUUGGAUCGUUGGGCAUUCGCCGGGAGCAACAGUCAUUCUAAACCUACCGCUAGAGACAUUCAGCAGCAAGCGGUUGGGAACUCCGAAUAAAUCAACCGUGACAAAUGAGUGAGACAGCUCUGACACGUUGAACAACAGCAGGAACAAAGCGGAUUCAGCUUACGGUGCGCGGCACUCCCGUCAAAACAACAGUGUAGCCGGAAGACAAAUUAGUGCCAUCCAGUGGGACGAACAAAUUGCUAGUCAAAUUUUGCCGUUACUUGUUACGAUCUCCUACUAGUAAAUAAUAAUGAGCAUAAGCAGCAGCAGCAGUAUUGGGAAACAACGAUGGCCGAAGAGAGAGGUCAUUAUCGGUGCGAUUUUAUUACUUUGCAUUACAGGGGUACACUCUGCCGUAGCUCCUCGCGAAUGGGACGGGAGCUCUAGCGCCGCCAGGAGGCACCACGCCGCCAGCAGCAGCGACAACGGCAACUACAGCAGGAGCCCCUCGUACAACGUUAACCAUGGCCGAGCGAGUCGAAGUGGCCGCCACAUCCACAACGCUGGCGCCACCACCGGUCGAGGUAGCAACGAUCUUGUUUCGAUGGGCGGCACCAAAGCAACCGAUCGGUACGGCGCCGGAAAAACUCAGUACAUGUACGAGCACAUUCAAAGUGGGACAAUAAUGCUACCGAAAGGAGGAAGAGCAUUUCUUGAACCGGAUCAAAACAAAACCCUAGCCUACACAGCCAAGCUGGACACAACGGUUUAUCGCCAAAAGCCUUACAGGAAUCGCGGCCAUCGACAGCGACAUAACGACCGGUCAACUACUAACCGCCGAUCGCAGCACGAUGGCAGUGCUAAAACAAAUGUCGUUAACGGGUUGUGCAUCAUGUGUCCCGCGGAGAAAACCGCUAUAGCACGAAAAGGCUUGGACGGCGUACUAAUCGAACCGCCAAUGUUGACAACUUGCCGCAAUCAACCAAUCUCGCGUGACCUAUACGAGCUGGAAACACUGUUCGGCAGCAAGUUCAACUUCAUUCUACCGCAUUCGAACGGUGGAGGUCCGUUUUCAUUCCUGGCCAAGGUCAUCAACAAGCGCAGCGGAAAGGUUGUUCAGAAUUGCGAGCUGCGCUAUAAAGUUGUAGUGAAGCAGUGUGGCAGAUAUUAUCCUAAGAACAAAGAUUUGAAGGCGAUGUGUGAUUUGGGAAGUAUCUGGGGUUCGAAGUGCACAUUUUUCUGUCGGAACGACGGCCAUUUGAGCAGACAGGAUGCGUUCGUGGAAUGUGGAGAAGACCAAACCUGGGAAGGUGAAGAACCGUAUUGCGUGUAUAACGAAGUAUCGGACGACUACGCAUACGACAGUGACACUCCGCUCACCAGCGACUGUACCUACAUGAUUCCACCCAGCCAUGGUCGGUUUGCGUGCGAAAUCAAACUGAGCGAUGGCAACUCCAACGAUCAGUACGUUCCCAACGGAACUGUGUGCCGAAUCAAAUGUAACGAUCACUACGAUAUCCCGGCACAUCUGCGACAGGCGUCCGUGUUCGGCUGUAACGAUGGCCGCUGGAACUCGACGAUGAAGCACUUCUGUCAUAAGAUGGGCGGCGGAAUGCAUUCGAAACGAAGAUACGGUUAGGAUAGGGCAGACGUGGUUGCCUCUAGCCGAUUUCCCUAGUUUUAUAACUGUAGAUUGCCCUAGAAUAAGUAUUACAAGAUAAGGAGGUUGAUUUAUCGCUUCAAAACUAGUGCGAACUUGAAUGUGAUUAUAUGUAUGGAAAUGACAUUCUUCCCUGCUCGAAAGUGGGGAGAAGUAAAAGAUUACAUUUACGUUUACGAUGGAGAUUUCUUUCUACACUGAUAACUGUUUUCGCUUCGUGACAGAACGAUAUCGAGUGCAUAAAUCUGAGGUAUUACCUAUAUUUACUUUACUAAAUAGCUUUUAUCGUUCUACGUAGGUUACGAAGUUGCUAAGUGCAUUUUCCAAUGUUUAAUUUAUCACGGCUGCAUGACAAAAUGUAACAUAAU